AUGACCAGAAGGAAGCAAGGUUUCGCAGCCAAGGAUCGGAGCUCCCAAUGCAGAGUCGAAACAUGGCGCCGCGAAAAUCGCAUGAUAAUUUUGAGAGGUAUGCCAUUUAGUACUCUACCUGAAGAAUUCGAAGCGGCCUGCCGCGCGCGGCUUUCGCAGCAUCAGUCUCUUCAAUUCGAGUGGGAGCCGUCUUGCCAUCCCUGGUUGAUGGACCGGGGACGGGUGGCGUUGGGGUUCGAAAGCGCCGAGAUGCGUGCUGAGGCGGAGCGAAGACUGGAAGGAUGGUAUUGGAAGGCCCAUCCCAUCAAGCAGGUUACGAAAACGAGACCAUCGCCCGCGCAGACUACGAAAGAGACUGCUACUUCUCAUCGGCCACCAUCGCAGCUCCCUCCUGCCGCAAAGACUGUCGACCUGACGGCGAGUUCGCCUCGCGCGCCCGCUCGCUCGCUCGCCUUCCGCCUCUUAACACCCGUCAACGUGCCCUGCGCUGCUGCCACGGCCGUACAAGAAGCAUCUUGUAUUGCUGCCGAAGCUGCCGCCGCAGCGGAUGCCGCCGUUGCCGAAGCGCACGCGGCCACAUUUCGCGCGUUCACGGCCGAGGCGGCGGGCGACGUCGCUGCUGCUGCGUCUGCGCAGGAGGAAGCUUCGGCGGCGGACGAGAGAGCCCGCUCGGCGUAUGGAGCUGCUGCGAGUGCUGCUCGUAUUGCCUCUGCAUACUCGUCUUGUAUCAGCUCGCGAGAUGACUUUUAUCGGUACUGA